GGCUGCUGCCCGGGCGCGUCGGACACCAGGAGAAGACGUCCGCGGCGGCUGGCGCGGGAAUGUCGAGGAGCUCUAAGGUGGUGCUAGGCCUCUCGGUGCUGCUGACGGCGGCCACCGUGGCCGGCGUGCAUCUGAAGCAGCGUCAGGACCAGCAGAGACUUCGUGAUGGAGUGAUCAGAGAUAUUGAGCGGCAAAAUCGGAAAAAAGAAAACAUCCGUCUUUUAGGAGAACAGAUUAUUUUGACUGAGCAACUUGAAGCUGAAAGAGAGAAGAUGUUAUUGACAAAAGGAUCUCAAAAAACAUGACUUGAAUAUGAAAUAUUGAUGGGGCAGAUGGUGUUGAACGUGUAUGUGUGUGCUUUGUUCAGAUAGUGAAUAGCUUAGUAGCAUCUUCAACCUUUUUUUGGUCACUAUUGUUUUAAACUUGAUCAGAUAACAAACAGUGUGGAUAAUAUAUUCUAAAUUCCUGCGUUAAAAACCCUCAUGUCUGUGGGCAGAUGCUCUACUAAACGGUUUCUGUUUGUGUGGUCCUGGUGGAAGCCCCUUUAAGCUCAGUGUCCAGAACUUGGGAUUGUUACUGAAAAGCACUUCCGAACCUGUGA